AUGCAAGAUUAAAUUCAAUAAGAUCUACUUAAAUAACAUAAUUAAGAUGAUGGUAAAAAUAGGAUUAAAAUAAUUAGAUGAAUUUAUGAUAAAAGAGAAUUUGGAUCAUCAUAAAUAACCAACUGUAUUAUUUUAAAUUGGAAAAGAAUUCUUAUAACAGCAUCAUUAGUUAUUAGCAAUUCAUACAGUUCUUAAAUUUAUAGCUGCAUUAACUUUAGUAUAAACAAUUAAUUAUAAUAGAUUAUUUUAAAAGUAACUCUUUAUAGGGAUUAAAUACUACAAAAGAAUUACAAUAAAAUUUUUGAUGAUGCAUAUUUGGAAAUUUGGAUUUAUAUAUCAUGUAUCUAUUUUAUUCAAAUUUAGGUAUUCAUAGUCUAUUUGAAUUUAUUUAUUGCAAUCAAUUAUUAAAGAAGAUUGAUAAUGAAAUCUUGUGUAUUUAGGUGGCUGAAAAAAUUGGGCAAUUAAUCUUGAUAAAAAUUCCUGAAACUUAUAGUUACGAGGAAAAAUAGUCUUAUAUUAAAGAUUAAGUUGAAAUAUUGAAUUAGGGAAUGUUAUAACGAUAUAUGGUAGAGGGGCGAAUUGAAUAAUCAAUAAAAGUUCUUAUUGCAAAAGAAAUCAAAGUUAAUAUUCUAUUUAUAUAAGAAAAUAAUCUUAUAAACUGAAAAGUUCCUAUAUUUAUUAGGAAAAGGAUGCUUUAUUUUAUUCUAAUUUAUAUUACUAUGGGGGUUGAUAUUCUAUUUCCAUUGCGUUAAUUCCAAUUAGGUCUUGGAAAUAUAUACCUUUUACAGAAUAUAUUUAUUUUGGGUAAUAUUAUUAGUAAAUGAAAGGUUGUAUUUCUUGGAAUAAUAUAAUAUUUUAAUUUUUACAUUAAAGUAUUUCUAUUUUUUAUAUUACUCCCUAUUAAUUUUUAUGACUGUUUAAAUAAUUAUUGUAUUAAAAGAAAAGAAAAAAUGAAAAUCAAUGAUUAGUUCAAGGAUUCUACAUUAAGUUUAUAAGAAACUAAUGAAGGUAAUCUUAUUGUUUAUUCUAUAUUAUAGAGAAUAAUAAUGAAUGUGCAAUAUGUAUGAAUAAAUUGGUAGAUUAAGAUGAAAUUAUAAUAAUUACUUGUUUAAAUAAGCAUCGUCUUCAUUCAACAUGUGUUGGAUUGUUAGAUAUAAAUAAUAAAUGUCCUUUAUGUAGAGGGUAUGAUGUACAAACAAGAUAAUUAUCAAUGAAUUGUUGA